GAGAGAGAGAGAGAGAGAGAGAGAGAGAGAGAGAACGGAACCAUAGCCUAUUGACAUGUAAAUUAAAUAUUAUGCAGUUUGAGUGGUGGCAACGCAUUGACCUCUUGGGGUACAUAAAAUUAUGGGUCACUUUGAAAAAAUACCUUUUCUCUCACAUUUCCCGAUCUCGUCGGAAACCCCGAGAUUUAGCUAUUCAACGAGAACACAGUGGUAGUUUCAAUAUCAAACGAAAUUUCAUAGAGGCAGUGUCCAUUUGGAAAAUGAUCCAUACUCACACGAAGCUGUAAAUUCUAAACUUCAGAGGGCCUGUUCGGCCAAAUUUCUUUCAAAAUCUAUAACGAUGGGAGUUCCCAAAUUUUACAGAUGGAUUAGUGAGAGGUACCCGUGCCUCAGCGAGGUUGUGAAGGAGUUCCAGUUACCAGAGUUUGACAACCUGUACCUGGACAUGAAUGGCAUCGUUCACGUAUGCUCGCAUCCUGAUGAUGAAAAUCCUCAUUUCCGCAUCACGGAGGAACAGAUUUUCAAAGACAUUUGUCAUUACAUUGAUUUUCUGUUUCGCAUGAUAAAACCAAGAAAGGUGUUCUACAUGGCUGUGGAUGGCGUAGCUCCCCGAGCCAAGAUGAACCAGCAGAGAGGACGUAGAUUCAAAUCUGCAAGAGAAGCAGAAAACCUCAUUGAACAAGCCAAAGGAAGAGGAGAAGUCCUCCCCACGGAAAAACGAUUUGAUUCCAACUGCAUCACACCAGGUACUCCUUUCAUGGUGAGGUUACAAGACCAUUUGAAAUAUUUUGUCGUGGACAAGAUCACAAACGAUCCUCUGUGGCAAGGACCAGAGAUUUACCUGUCCGGCCAUGAGACUCCCGGUGAGGGGGAGCACAAAGUGAUGGACUUUAUCCGCUACUCCAAGAGCCAGCCGGGCUACGACCCCGACACAAGACACUGUCUCUAUGGUCUGGAUGCCGAUCUUAUCAUGCUUGGUUUGACCAGUCACGAACCACAUUUCUCGCUGCUCCGAGAAGAAGUUCGCUUUGGUGGGAAGAAGGACAAGAACAAUAAGAGACCUACAACACCAGAGGAGACUACUUUUCAUCUUCUCCACUUGUCGUUGCUAAGAGACUACCUUGCUUAUGAGUUCUCCUCACUAAAAGGGAAGCUGCCAUUUGAAUGGAACCUUGAGAAUAUCAUCGAUGACUGGAUCCUGAUGGGCUUCCUGGUGGGCAACGACUUCAUCCCUCACCUGCCCCACCUCCACAUCCACCACGACGCCUUGCCGCUGCUCUGGAGGACAUACAUGACCGUUUUACCGCAGCUAGAUGGCUACUUGAAUGAAGCUGGCCACCUCAACCUGAAGCGUUUUGAGAAGUAUUUUGAGGAGUUGUCAAAGUUUGACCUGGAAACUUUUGAGAGUGGUUUCACUGACUUUAAAGCUCUGGAGCAGAAGAUUGGAGGGAAGACAAUCAAUGAAAGUAUUGGUCCCGGCAAAAACAGUACGAAGAUGAAGAAACUGAAGCCGUUCAAAAUGAAUACUGAUGGAAUGCUGCUUGUGGAUUUAGAGUCUCCAAUGCCUCUUGGUCAAGGUGGCCAGUUUGCGGCGCUGAGUGGGAGAGACGACAUGGCGAAGGAUUCUGACGACGACGAUGAUGAUGAUGAGGGCAUCACAGAAGAUGAGGAGGACGAGGAGGAAUCUGAUGAAGACUUGAGCGACGACACAGAUGUUGACACCUUCGACACGGAGUUCAAGCUUCACAAACGAGACUAUUACAUGUCCAAGAUGAAGUACAAGAAUGUUACAUCAGACGUCCUGCAGGACCAGGCUCACGGCUACGUGGUGGCCAUCCAGUGGAUCUUGUUGUACUACUUUGAGGGUUGUCCUUCCUGGAGCUGCCUUUGAUGACAGAGGCGGAGUCUCCUGUGAUCGAUUUCUACCCCGUCCAGUUUGACACCGACCUCAACGGCAAGCAGCAGGAGUGGGAAGCGGUGGUCCUCAUUCCCUUCAUUGAGGAGGAGAGACUUUUGACAGCCAUGGCCAGCAAAGACCACCUCUUGACUAAAGAAGAGAAGGACAGAAAUUGGCACGGACCUCACCUCCUGUACCAGUACUCCGCGGAAAGCUUGGGUUUUUAUCCUUCACCAAUGCCCGGUGCCUUCCCAGAUAUCAGCAUAAACAGAGCAAGGCUUACGGAAAUCCACAAAGACCUGUUCCGGAUCAACGGCAGCCUGUUGUUGAAGGGGCUCCUGGAGGGUGUCCGGCCGGAGGUGUACUUCCCUGGCUUCCCCACGCUCAAGUUUCUUCCUCACACACAUGAACUGAAGAAAGGAGGGGUCAAAGUGUUCCAGCAGCCCAGCCGAGGGGAGAACAUGAUGCUGCAUGUCAAGGCCACACAAGGACUGCGUCUGGAGCAAGUGGCGGAUGAGUUGCUGGGGAAAUCAACGUUUGUGGGCUGGCCCCACAUUCAUGAAGCCAAAGUCAUUGGAGUGGCCAACGAGUCUUUCAGGAUUGAAUUGAUUGAAGACUCUCCAAAGAAAGGAGCGGACAAGAGGGAGCCGAUUUAUUCUUUCAGCAAAAAGCCGCUGAGUGACGACGAAGCUUCGAUCGUGUACAGAGAGUCCAGUCAUAUUAGAGAGAGGCAAGUUGAGAGAUUUGGUAUUGAUGUUGGGAAGACGGAGAUUCUCGUCUAUGCUUGUCCAGUCACGGGAAGAAACUACACAUUUGGGAACGGUGGUCUGAUCACCUUGGAGAAACAGUUUGCCCAGAAGCCAACAGCCUUUGCUCAUCAAAUGACGAUACAGGAUCUUCAAGUGGAGGAAGCUGCUCACACAACGUUCAAAACCUUGGAAGAGGUUUUUCCAGAAGGAUCCACAAUUUUCAUGUUAGGAUUACCUCAUUACGGAGCUCAGGGAAAGGUUCGGGAGACAUUGUCUUCUGAGGACCGGGUGAGAAUCUCCCUGAGCGUGACUCAAGAGCCAGACUUUCAGAUCCUUGCAAAUCGAGGUCGCUACGACAUGUACAUGCCGGCGCACGCCAGCGCGGUCCAGCUGGGUGUGCACACUCACCUGUUGUCGCGCAUCACGGGCUCGGUGUUUGUGGAGAAAGGCGGGCCCAAGGGGGGUCGCGCCAACGUGGGGCUCAACCUCAAGUUCACCAAGCGGCGGGAGGAGGUGCCUGGCUACACCAGCUACAAGCAGGACCACGGCUGGACCUACAGCCAGAAGUGUGUGGACCUGGUCAAGGACUAUCUUUCCAAGUACUCAGACUUGUGGAUGAGAAUUGAAAUGGCGAAAAAAGGCACGGAUGUGUACUCUGAGGGUGACAUCAUCCCUGAAGAUGGUUCCUACACCCUAGCGGACGUCCUGAAAUAUUUGGAUGAGCUCCCUUGUGUCAAGGCACCACGCAUGAAGUUUGGAACACAGAUCCUCAGCGAGACAGAGGUGGCCAUCAUUGAGCAGACAACGGAGGCGUUGAGCAAGAAUGCAGAUAUUGUGAAAAUCAAAGUGAAACCACGCCUGCUGUUCAGGUCGCUGCCGAACCAAGGCUCUCUGGUCCCGGACCCCGGUGCAGACUUCCUGCUGUACGACCGUGUGGUGGUGGUCAAGAACGGCUACUCGGUGCCCUUUGGCAAACGCGGCACGGUGAUAGGUCUGCCGUCCCCCGAGGAGGAAGAGACGACCAACGCUCACACGGUCUACGACGUGGUGUUUGACGAGCCCUUUGCCGGGGGGAUCAGUCUCAGAUGCUCAUCCAGCCGAGGUUACCGGGUGCCGGGGUCGGCGAUGCUCAAUGUCACUUUUGGAGAAUUCCGUAAAAACACGAGAAAGAUGGAUGGUACAGACAAAUCGAGCGUCUGGGCGAAACAGACCGUUGGGAGGAAAUCCAACGGCACCCUGGGCGGGGGCAUGAGCCAUCACCACGGCUUCAACAACAACAACACGCUGGGCGGGGGACGAGGCGGGGCACGAGGCGGGGCCAACGACCGCGCUGGGCCGUACAAAGGUCGCGCCGGUGCGGGCUCACAGCCCCCGAUGAUCCCGCCAGCUAACGUAGCCCCACAGCCUCAGGUCCCACCCCACCUCAUGCGUCAGCCCGUGGCUUGGGACGACCGCAAGCAGCCCAUGUUUGGCCAGAUCUUUUCUGCCGGAGGUCGCUAUCUCCAGAAUGAGAAUCAGCUGAAGUAUGUCACGCCCAAAGUGCAGACACCUCCGCAGACUGCCAGCCGGGCCACCGUAGCUUCACUCCCAUCAAAGGACUCGAGUAGCAGUACAGACAAUUCUGACUUUGAGAAAAUGUGGAAGGAACUCCAGCGACAUCAGCAAACGAAGAGUGGGAAGGUUGCAGGGCCGCCACUGGUCGGCAGAUCUGACGGGCAACCACCGCAGACACAUCCGACGACCUUGAGAGAAGCCGGUGGACCAGCCACCUCCUUGGCCCCACCCCCCUCCUCCUCCUCCUCCUCUUCCUCUGUCUCGUUGUCCUCCUCCUCUGCGUCCUUCUCGACAGCAGCCCAGUCCAACAAACCGCAGACCCAGCCGGCAGACGCGGGCACAUUGACCAACUCGGUACAGAAUUUGUUUGAGAACGCGUCCAAGGUCAGGGGAAAUGCUGCGGCUGCGGACAGCCUCCAGAAGACGUCUACAGUCGACGCUGACCAGUUCCUGGCCAUGUUUAACACUUUAGGGAUGCACAGCAAUCAGACAGGAAACAAACCAGAGCCUGGGACUGCAGCGCCGGCGACCGCCGUGGACUCGGGGCCGGCCCCACCGUCAAAGGCGGAUGAGGCUCUGAAGCAGCUGCUGAAAAUUGGAGUGGGCCCCUCGCCGUUCGCCACGAGUCCGAGAAACGUGAGUCCUCUCGAACCAGCCCAGAUCUCGUCCCUUCCACCCGCACCCCAGUCGGCGCUGUCAGCUCAAGCCCUCGAGUCCGCGGCCAAGUCGCCCGUGGGUGACGGGCCUGUUGCCAACCCCGAGGAUCCCUCGGCGACGGAAGCAGGAGGAGCGUCGGGGACGUCUGUUCAGUACGGCCGGCAGGUGUCGCUACAAGCGCUGUUUGAAGAAGCGGACAGGCAGCAGAAGGCCCAGGUGAGAGGCCCGCUUCUUCCGCAGCCGGACGCCAUCCUCAGAGGGAGGAACGUCAGGCCAGGGGACCCUAGACAUUUCAAGCCAGGUGAAGAUCACCUGUCGGGCCCGCCGCCAUUACAGGCCAGCCACCAGCCACCCAGAGACCCGCUCACAGAGCUGGCCAACUUCUGCCGCGCCAACUUCAACCAGCCACCCAACUACGACUAUCGGCUGCAGCCCAAACAGGAUUUUGUUUCUUCGGACCCUGAUCAGAUGACUUUCAUCGCCAACGCCAUCUUGCCCAACGGCCGCCGCUUCGAGGGUUCCCAGUGCAAGAGCAGAGAGGAGGCAGCAAGGAGUGCUGCGGGGAUGGCCCUGCUUUGUCUUAAGAGCAAGCAGAACACCGCCGGAGGGCCGCCCUUGAUGCACCCAGGCUUCGUCGCCCCGCACAACGCCAACAUGAAUCGGUUCUACUCUCCCAAUUCUGCGUUCAGCCCUAUAGGAAUGCCAGGCGCCACCCCAGGCUUGCUGGCCCGACACCCCCCUCCCCCCUCCACCUCCCUCCUGCUGACGCCACAGCACUUCCUGAAUCAACCCCCGCCGUCCAUCCCCCCACUGCACCAGCAGAUGUACCACCAACAGCAACAACAACAGCAGCAGCAGCAGCAGCAACAACACCAGCAGCAGUCACAGUUCCAUCAACAACAACAACAACAACAACACCUUCACCAUCAACAGCAGCAACAGCAGCAGCAGCAGCACAUGAAUCAGCAGAAUUUUAACAAAGAUCAGUGGCAAAGAGGCUCACAGGCUGUGUCACCAAGGUCGUUUCAGUCAGCAGCUGGCCCGGCUUCUACGUCUUCGAUGAUGUCAUCCUCCACAUCCCCUCGACCGACGAUGGGCGCCGCGACCUUGACACAGACCAGUUCUGCCACAACAUCACAGACGACGUCGUCUGUUAGCCAACAGUUUAUUCCACUACAGGUUACAAGGAAGCAGAAGACACCCCAGAAGAAGAAAGAGGGAGAGGAGGCGGGGCAGAAGACAGGGUCAGAGGGUACUGUGGGGUCUGUGAGCUCGGGCUCGGGCGCUACUGCUGAGAAAGUGAUCACACCACAAAGAGAACAGGCUGCCGUGUCCGAGUCGGGCGGCGCUGCCCCGAGUGGGACUGUGAAAAACUGUCUAAACUCUGCCGCUGCGGUGGUAAACGCUGCUUCGCCUUCGAGCCAGGAACGUCAAACAGUUGUUGCUCAGCCCACACAGCCACCACCGCCGCCAGUCGUGGCCUCCUCUGUCUCGUCGCAAGCGGCGUCGACGCACGUCGCGUCACCGUCACCGCAAGGAGUCGCGGCGAUCAAAGAGGACAAAUCGGCAGAUGUACAGCCCCCUAAACCGACCGCGGCCGCCGCGAAGAAGAAGAAGUCACGGCUAGCUGCCAACUUUAUCAAACCGAAGUAGAAUUGAUGGAAUGUGGACGCUCUCUGGCCUAGGAAUGGAGAAUCUCUGGUGGCCGACUUUCCUUUCCCUAUACAGCUUCACUGAUGUUGGCAAGACGAGGUUUGCGGGG